CCAUUUCUCUCUCUAACAGUUGACCAAAUACUAGAUUUUCUCACCAACCAAACAUCGAAACUUUUAUCUCUACCCCGAUCCUCGCUAUAAAUGGUACGAAUUGUGUCUCCUAGUUCUCAGCCGAUGUUUUCUUCUUCUUCAUCAUCUUCUUUGUCUUGGUCGACUCCAACUACGACAUCGACGUCGAUGACCGAGACGGUGAAUGGGUCCCACCUGUUCCACAUCGCAGGGUACUCGCUCUUGGAAGGUAUAGGGAUCGGAAACUACGUGGCGUCUGAUACUUUCACCGCCGGCGGGUACUCUUGGGCAAUCUAUUUUUACCCGGAUGGCAAGAAAGUGCAGUACGAUGCUCCGUAUGCUUCGUUGUUUAUAGUUUUGGCGAGCGAAGGCACUGAUGUGAGAGCGCUUUUUGAACUGAAGCUUUUGGAUCAGAGUGGGAAAGAGAGGCAUAAGGUUCAUACCCAGUUCGAUAGUGGGCCUUACACGAUCAGAAAUUGCGGUAGCAUGUGGGGUUGCGAGCGAUUUUUCAAAAGAACUGAUCUAGAGAAAUCUGACUACCUCAAAGAUGAUUGCCUCAAGGUUCACUGUAGUGUAGGUGUUGUGAGAUCAUCCACCAAGGUUCCUAAGAUCUACUCUAUUGCAGUACCACCUUCUAACCUUGGUCAGAAUUUGGGGCAGCUAUUUGAAACUGGAAAGGGAACAGAUGUGAAUUUAGAAGUUGAUGGGGAAACUUUUGCUGCUCAUUGUGAAGGGCAUAGUUCUGAUUAUGAAGGUUCAUCACCUGAAAGGACUGCGUCUCAACCCUCUAGUCAUGUUGAAGACCCUAGUGGUUCUUUCCUAGAGAGGUACCCUCAGUUUCCACCAUGGUCGUGCCAAGUGAAGAAUCAAGAUGGAUCUAUGAGAUGUAUGCAACAUGAAAGGCCGAAACAAGCUCCGAAUGUUCCAUGGACCUGCCCGAGGGCCCAGUUGGCGGAGUCUCUUAUUCAAACUUUGGAGAAAUGGUUUGAAGGGCUUGCAGUUGGCCCCUCAGAGCACAAUAAUGAAGGAGGUUCUAAGAGUCGUGGUACGAGGUCAUCUAGGCGGGAUAAUGGAGGAGGUUCUGGGAGUCGUGGUACGAGGUCGUCUCGUCAAAGGACCUUGAGGUCGUCUCGUCGAAGAACCCGAGGUCCUUCGACACCUUCCAAUGAAGAUGAAAACAAUCAGCUCGGCCAAUUCCUUACAAAACAAAGAAACUUGCUUUUCCUUGUAUUUUUGUUUAUGUUUAUGUUUAUGUUUUUUCUUUUUCUUUUUUUCUUUUUUUGUCUUUUUGUUUUUUUGUUUUUUGUUAAGUGAUGUAGGGUUGUUUAGAAAACUGCUCUGAUCACACGGCGGCCAAAGAUUCUUGAGGCACACUUUUAUUUAUUUAUUUUUUGUUGCUAAAACCCACUUCUAUUAAACAGAAGAAACAAUCAAACAGUCUUUCUUCCAAGCAUCACAAACUUCAGUUGGGAGGAAGGAGUUCCUAUAGCAUAGUACACUGUUAAUAUCACAUGUACACUUUGCAAGAUAAUGUGCUACAAAAUUAAGCUCUCUUAACCCAGGAGAAAACAGUAACUACAAAAAGAUACAUUCACAUGUACACACAGUGGCGACUCCAGGAAUUUUUUUCAGAGUGUUCCUUAAUGAAGCAUAAUUUUUUCCAAUAGUGGUUCCAGGAAUUUUUCCUAAAUGUAUUGUUGUUUAGUUGUUUCAUUAAUUUGUUUGUCUUUUAUAAACUAUAAUUUGUUAUAUUGUUGUUUCAUUAAUUAUAAAAUUAUUAAUUGUUUU